AUGACCAACAAAGCGUCACUCAAGCCGGCCGAGGACUUUAUCGAGUUCGUCAACGCCUCUCCAACCCCAUUCCAUGCCGUCCGCUCGGCCACGCAACGGCUUGAUGCCGCUGGCUACACCAAGAUCAAGGAACGCGACGCCUGGGCACAUUCUCUUGUCCCUGGUGGAAAGUACUAUCUCACCCGUAACUCGUCCACUAUCAUCGCCUUCGCCAUCGGUAACAAAUGGAAGCCUGGUAACCCCAUCGCCAUGGUCGGUGCACACACCGACUCGUGCUGUCUCCGACUCAAGCCUGUGUCGAAGCGUCAGUCCGAGGGAUUCAUCCAGGUUGGCGUAGAGGCAUAUGGAGGUGGUCACUGGGCAACCUGGUUUGACCGGGAUCUGAGUUUUGCUGGACGUGUCAUGUGUAAGCGCGCCGACGGCGGCAUGGAGCAAAAGCUGGUCAAGGUCGAUCGACCCAUCUGUCGUAUCCCCAAUCUGGCUGUCCACUUUGGCGGUUCUGUUCCCUUCGAAUUUAACAAAGAGAACCAGCUUUUCCCUAUCGCAGGCUUGGUCGAGGCCGAGCUGAACAGGCAAGGCAAGGCACCCGAGGAUGCCCAGAAGGAUCAAGAGUCGGACAGCACCGAUUUCAACCCUCUGAAGAAUCCCACCGAACGCCACCAUCCCUACGUCGUCGAAAUCCUUGCUCAAGAAGCUGGAGUCAAACCCGAGGAUAUCCUCGACUUUGAGAUUGUCCUGUACGAUACGCAGAAGUCUUGCCUGGGAGGACUGAACAACGAACUCAUAUUCUCUGCCCGUCUGGACAACCUAAUGAUGACCUAUUGCGCUGUCCAAGGCUUGAUCAACUCUACAUCCUCGCAAGGCAAGCCCCUGACUGAUGAGAACACAAUCCGCCUGAUUGCUUGCUUCGAUCACGAAGAGAUUGGCAGUACUUCGGCCCAAGGUGCGGACUCCAACAUCCUACCUUCGGUUCUUCGACGUCUCUCUGUACUUCCUUCUUCGCAAGACACCGAGAGCGACAGUUCGUAUGACCGUACCGACCAUGCCACCCACAAGGAUGCCGACCUAAGCACGGCUUUUGAGCAGUCUCUGUCAAGCAGUUUCCUCAUCAGUGCAGACAUGGCUCACAGCGUCAACCCGAACUACAGCGGCAAGUAUGAGAGCGAACACAAGCCGCAGAUGAACAAGGGUACAGUCAUCAAGAUCAACGCCAAUGUUCGCUACGCGACCAACUCGCCCGGAAUUGUCCUCUUGCAGGAGCUUGCGAAGAGGGCGAAGAAGAGUAGUGGCGACGUUCGCAGUAACGGUCAAGGAGUGCCUCUGCAAAUGUUUGUUGUUCGCAACGAUAUGCCCUGUGGAAGCACCAUCGGACCCAUGCUUUCGGCCAACACUGGUGUUCGCACGUUGGAUCUUGGAAAUGCGCAGCUCUCGAUGCACAGUAUCCGUGAGACUGGCGGAGCGUAUGAUGUCGAGUAUUCAAUCAACCUCUUUGAGAGUUUCUUUGAGCACUACGGCGAGUUGGAAAGCAAGAUUUUUGUGGAUUAG